AACACGUUGCAAGCUCGAAAAGAUCGACCCCUACACAAUAGCUUAGCUUAGCUCUAUGAUGGUACUUACGUUGCUGGUGCUGCUGGCGAUUGCUUCCGAACAUGUGAUCGCCAACGAAAAUGUCACCACGUCGAUCCGGGAGUUUGUCGUCGGUGGUGGCAAUGCAGGACCAACACCCCAUCAGGCCUCACUCCAACAGGAUGGGCACUUCUGCGGUGGAGUAAUCAUCGACCGGCGGUGGGUUCUAACGGCGGCCCACUGCCUUAUGGAGGCAAGACCAAGUGACAUGACGGUCGUCGUCGGUACGACUCAGCUGAGCAAAGGCGGUUCCCGGUUCCGCGUGGUGCGAUUGGUUGUGCAUCCUCAGUAUGAGCGUUCUCGAGCGGCAAACGACAUCGGCUUGGUGCAAAUAAGGGGGAUAUUCCUGUGGCUUCCGAAUAGGGUGAGGAAAAUUGAAAUCUCCAAAAGUUACAUCGAAGAUGGGACGGAAGCAACGAUCACCGGAUGGGGAGGUACUCUACAGAGCGGCGGUCCACUAUCGGAUAGGCUACAGUAUGCUCGGUUGAAGGUCAUCGGCGAACGGCGAUGCAAGGCACUGUUGGCCAACAUUGGCGACUGGAUUCUGUGCACUUUUACCAAAGAAGGUCAAGGCAUUUGUGGGGGUGACUCCGGUAGUCCUUUGGUGAGUGACGGAAAGUUGAUCGGGAUAGCUAGCUUCGGAGUAGGAUUCCUACCGGGCGAAGGCUGCGCUGCUGGACUCCCGGAUGGAUUCGCACGGGUGUCACACUUUUACGAUUGGAUUCGAGAGACCAUUCAACGGCGGCGGAUUGGGAUUUUCGGACGGUGAACAUCUUCUGGCUACAAAAAUAAACAAUAGAUUAUUC